AUGUCCACCGCAAAGCCCCAAACAAAGAAAGGACAAUGGCUGCAACAUAAGGACUUCAUUAGAUACGAGUAUCUUGUGAGAAAUACCUCUCUCACAGACCUACUUGUUCUGUUGGCAGGCCGAGGUCUCGCUACAACAAAGGCACAACUAGAAUACCGGCUGAAGCUAUGGCGAUUUUCGAAGAACCUUGACCAAGAAAUUUGGAGAUCUGUUGGAAGAAAGAUAAAGAGGCGAAGCGACGUCGGGAAGAAGAGCGAAGUGAUAUAUGAUGGCAACCGAAUUAAACAUUCCAAGGUUACUAAGGAAACGGCACGCCACUCUGAAAGCUUCUACCAUGGACUCGCCCUUCGACCACGAUCUCCGAGCCCAAUUAACCCGAGGCUUGUCGUUUGCAGUCCACUGCCUAUCAAGCAAGACACUAUCUGGCCCCUGAGCAUUCCAUGGCUCAUGCUUCGAGAUGUUCUUUCGGAUAACACAACCAGUUUUGUGAGCCCUAGUGCCAUCGGGGUCUAUCGAAGCACAGAUUCCUAUGCACUUCUGUCGACGAUAGUACAGGCUUUGCGCCAGUCUCGGACAAACAGACCAUAUUGGUCCUUCCAAGAACUAGCAGUCAGUAUAGGUGCUUCAAUGCCAGAAUGGUACCUUGGAGAAUCUACGCAUACCGCCAGUAUUCUUCUAGGCAAUCAAGCAAACGAAAUCUUGCCUGAAUACAUCAAGUUUGUGAUCUAUGCAUUGUCAAACGGAACGAGAUCUUUUGACAGGGCGCAGUGGGACAUAUUCAGUUCUAUUCUGAGAGAGAAUAUGUCAGACCUUCAGCCAAAACUACGGCAACUUCAGAGCCACAGCAUUACUAUUAGAGCAUUCUUGGAGAAAGUCUUCCAAAUGGAGAUUUACUGGGCAACUCAUAUUGACGGCCCCGCUAAUCGCCGCAAGGACUAUCUCCCUGAUAGGUCUUUGGAUAUAAUUCAGAUGCUGUUAGAGUCAGGUCUAGAUCCAAAUUACCGUCUCACAGGACAUAAUGGCCCUUUGGUUACACCGAUUGGACGGGCUCUCAACAUCGGCCACAUCGACCUGAGUGAAUUACUUCUCUCCUUCAACGUUCGCAUCGACAACACCCAGGCAGACUUCGACGGAUACACUGCCAUCCAGGCGAUUUUGCGCGGACGUCUAUCCAACGCUGUUCAGUCACGGCUCCUCAAUCUUUUAAAGGAAUACAAAGCUGUUAGUCUAGAAGAAGUCCUUUGCGGAGCGCUCAGACUUGAUGACAUGGAGCUCAUCGAAGGGAUUUUGCAAGAAAAUAUUGAUGUCACAAAGGUUCACUUCGAAGCGAGGCUCCUGCAAAGUUAUGAGCUCGGUGAUAAAAGCAACAUUUUGUCCUAUGAAUCACCUCUCACCACAUCCCUAGGGGGAAACUGCCAUUGGACUGAGAAAUUACUCAAUCACCAUUCAGUACAGAAAGCUCCGUCAGAAGUCCUUACGGGAGAGAUAUUCAUUGCAGCCGCUAUCAGAGGGCAUUGUCAAAUCAUCGGGCAACUUCAAGAGCUUUCUCCCACCGGCCUUGCUCGCAAAUGGAAUGGCAUUACUUGCAUGAGGGCUGCAGUAGCGUAUGAUAACGUACCGGUAGCUCAGUUGCUCCUCGAACGCAGUCAUUGUACAUCGCCAGAUCUAUUACUGAUAGCAGCCCACUAUGGAUAUGAGGACAUGGUAAAGCUACUCCUCCAGUAUGUUCUGUCACCUGAUGAGAUGGUCAGCGAAGGUGAUGUGAAGUGGUUACAUUAUUUCACUGCUGGUCCGCCUAUGCCUAAGAAUUGCGGCUCAAUCCUUCAAACUCUUCUCCGAUCCCAUUUUACGCCCUGGAAUGCGUCGAAAGCUAAUUGCUUGGUUCUUUUGAUCGAGCGAGGAGUCCGAUUUCUGGGUGGUGAGAUAGCUAGGCUGGCAGAAAUCGGCUUUCGAGAGCCAUUACGAGCUGCACUUGCCAGGGGGGGUAGCCCCAACGACCGAGACAAGUACGGCCGAACCGCAAUUCAAUGUGCUUUAUACCCCAAGGGGUAUCUUCGAAUCAGCAGGUCAAGGCAUGCUAACACAAGCUGCGAAGUCAACAAACGAUACAGAACCAUCAGGUUACUUCUAGAAGCAGGGGCUGAGCAAUCUGGCGAAAUUGUCAAUGCCAUUCGAGAAAGUGAUUAUAAUGUCACAAAGCUUCUUCUCGAACAUGGCGGUACCUUGGAGGAUAUCAACGAAAGGGGUGCCUCGUGCCUCGAAGCUCUAAUCAUGAACUCUAAUAAUAUAAGCUUUAUGGGAGCUAACAGUCAUUAUUUUCACGACCACUACCCAUCUCUCAACGAAGGAACAAUGAGAGGUUAUCAUAGUGCUCGAUUUGGAGUUCAAGAUAAUACUACUAUAGCUUGUUCAACUUGCGCAGCAAGAUGUUUUGAUGGUUCGGACGAACGAGAUUUUCUCCAGGCACUACUUGAAGCGCAAGACGAUCCUAUUGAUGCUGGACCAAUAUGCGCAGCGAUACAAGUCGAAGACUGGGAACUACUUGAUCGACUUAUUACCCGACGUCACAAGGAAACAAAUUGCCACUUGCUAGAGGGCACAGCUAUUGGUCUAGCUGCUAGGGCUGGGCAGAUGGAAAUCUUAGAGAAGCUUUUGACUCGAUUUCAUCAUCCAUCCGCAGUCCAGUCUGGUUUCAUCCCAUUCUACGUCGAGGAAGGUCAAUUGGUACUACGCCCAAGCGACGACAGUUCCCUAAAGUUUAAUGGUCGUCCAUGGGUUUAUGACACGAAUGACUUCUGGCGCAAGGACCCAGUCUUGGGAUUGCGAGGGGUAGCUAGUCCCCUGGCACUGGCAGCAUUAGGAGCAGAUCCUUCAGGUUCUGAAGCGCUUCUGGCACAUGGCUGCUGUGCAGACAAGACUACCUUUACGGUCAUAGCGCAAAAAGAAUCGGCUUUUGUAUAUCUCGGUCUCUUGAGAAAGCACAGUCAACAGCUUGAUACCCCGUUCCCCUCCCAGUCGACCUUAUGCUCAAUUCUACUUGGCCCGAUUGAAAAUGGCAAUGUUGAGUUACUCGAAGGAUUAGUGGAUGCAGGCUCUGAUGUCAACGACCAUAAUGCCACACUAGAUUCAAGCCGAUCUCCACUACAACUUUCCGCUCAACUAGGGGACCUAGGUAUGGUGCACUACCUGAUAGAAAAGCAGGCUGAUGUUAAUUCUCCGCCAUCAUUCUCGAGGGGCGGUACUGCACUGCAGUUUGCAGCAAUAGGUGGAUAUAUGGGAAUAGCGAGCUUACUAAUAGACCAUGGCGCCCGCAUUAAUGCCAGGGGAUCACGGAAAGAUGGCCGAACGGCUCUGGAAGGGGCAGCAGAACACGGAAGGCUUGAUAUGCUAGAGCUGCUACUUCAGAGGGGUGCUGCCUGGUCAAAUUAUGGACGUCAACAAUUUAUCUCAGCAGUGAGGCUUGCUUUACAGAAUGCACAUUAUGCUGCAGUUCAUUGGUUAAAGAAUCGCUAUGGUUGGACAGAAGAGGAUGAAGACUUUCAGGAAGAUGGCGUGGAUUAUUGGUUUCGUUGGGACGAACGCUGCAAGAAUUGCCGAGAUUUCUGUUGCGACGAGAUACAUGGCACUGAGGAUAACUGUAUACAUUACUACUCUGACGAUACAGAGGAGAAAUGGGCUGCUGAGUGCUAUUAUUGCAAGUUGAAGGCUGUUGAAGACGAUGGAUCCCAGUCCGAAGGUGAGGAGGUUUUAUAUCAAGGGCCAGGACAAAAGCUUGACGAUUAUGAUAUUUUCUUUGAGCCGUGGGUAAGCGAUUAUAGUCUCUUGUUUGAUUAG